UGUAAACCCCUUUUCUCCUUAAUAAAUAUUUCCUUGCCCUUCACUCCACUUUUAUCAUCCGCAUCUUCAUCUUCAUCUUCAUCUUCAUCAGCUCCUGCAUCGCCAUCACAGCAAAUGUACACUCACCAUCAGAUCACUUGAGAAUCGACCAACCGACCGAUCCUAAAUCCCGUUCAUUCAAGGGCAAUUUAUAUCAAUUCGUGUUUAAUUUUGUUUCGUUUUUUUUUUAAUUCUAAUCAAAUUUUUCUUUUAAUAUUCAUCACAAUUUAUAAAUUCAAGCUCUGGUUUUAAUUUGCCUCUGGGUUAACUAAUAAUCUACAUCAUCUUAAUCAUUAUUAUCAUCACAGCAUCAACAUCAUCCUAAAGAUCUGCCAGAAGCAACUUUUCAUCCUCAUCACUUUGAUCAUCUUUCUAAAUCAGAUGACCUUAUAUUUUAAUAACAAUUAACUUGAUUUACUAUUAACUUGGUUUAAUUUUGCAUCUCACAAACUGUAUCAUCGUAAUUUUAAUCAUUUCAAGUUUCUUUUCUCAAUCGAUUGUGUAUCUGAUUAGUGUUUAUCCAUCUUAAUUUACUAAUUGUUAUUUGCCCAUUUGGAUUAAACCACAAAAUUUUGUAACAAUUUAUAUUUCCGUGUACAAUUUUUAUCUUAAUUGUUUCAAAGUUUCUCUAAUGAUAAUGUGAUAAUCAAUGGAAAUCAAUGUGACUAAUUUUACUAAUCAUCAAUGGAUUAACUAAAUUGUGACCAUUUCAAACUAAAAUUAUCAUCAAUUCUAAUAUACACUGACCCUUGUCCACUUGUGAUACUAUUUAAAAAAAAAAGAAAAUGCUAAAUCACAAUUAACUAUUGUGAUCACAAUCAACAAUAUAAAGAUAAUUUAAAUAUCAUUUACUUUGUGAUCUUCGAAACUUUAAAUUAUCAUCAUCAUCAUUAUCAUCAUUAGACAUCAUUAGAAAUCAACAGCAAUUAAAGUAAUUUAAAUCUCAUCAAAGUAGCCUUAAUUUUCUGGUAACAAUUAACUUUAACAAUUUAGAUAUUAAUAGUAAAUUAAAAUGUUUGCCAAAGCAAGUGUUGCCCUUUUCCCGGCUCUUAUACCGAUAUUAUCAUUCUGGAUCGCCCGGAAAAGUGACCCUGUAUUUCCGGUCACUCGAGAUACUUGGGAUAAGGAGUAUGAUUAUAUCAUAGUUGGCGCUGGUUCUGCUGGUUCCGUUCUGGCCAAUAGACUGUCCGAAGAUCCAAGAGUUAAGGUUUUACUAUUGGAAGCGGGUGGAAGUGAAAACAUAAUAAGUGACAUUCCCAUCGCCUAUCAAAUGCUCCAACACACCCCGAUGGACUGGAGCUACCUGACGGAGCCUCAAGAGUCAUCGUGUUUUGGCCUGAAAGAUAAACGAUCCCGUUGGCCACGAGGUCGAGUCCUUGGAGGGUCAAGUGUAAUGAAUGUGAUGCUCUAUGUUAGAGGUAACCGAUUGGACUACGAGAAUUGGGUCAAAAACGGUGCCAUCGGAUGGAGCUGGGAGGAAGUGUUUCCAUAUUUCCUUAAAUCCGAAGACAAUAGAGAUUCAAAUUACGCUUUUAAUGGUUAUCAUGGUCGUGGUGGACCACUGACCGUUCAAUCAAGUCCAUACUUAAGUCCGUUAGGCGCUGCUUGGCCUGCGGCUGGACAAUUUUUGGGUUACAAGUACGUUGAUGUUAAUGGCGCUUCUCAAACAGGUUUCACGAUCCCUCAAGGUACAAUAAGACGAGGUGCCCGUUGUAGUACAGCGAAGGCCUAUUUAAUUCCGGCCAAGAAUCGGCCUAAUCUUCACGUGAUUGCAUUCGCUUAUGUAACAAGAAUAAUUUUCAAUGAGAUGAAAAAAGCAGUCGCUGUUCAAUUUGAUCGUUUUUCACUUUCUUAUUUGGUUUAUGCUCGAAAAGAGAUUAUCUUAUCCGGUGGAUCAAUUAAUUCACCACAAUUAUUGAUGAUCUCAGGAAUUGGACCCGCACAGCACCUUAAAGAUCACGGGAUUCCUGUGAUUGCUGAUCUACCUGUUGGUGCCAAUCUUCAAGAUCACAUUUAUCCCGGUGGAAUGACCUUCUCAAUCAAUGCAAAGGUCACUCUAUCUCAAGAUCGUAUUUUCAAUGCAGCCAAUUUGGGAAAAUAUUUUACCAAAGGAAAUGGACCUUUAACCUCUUUGGGUGGAGUUGAAGGGUUAGCAUUUAUCCGUACAAAACGGGUUAACCAAACGAUAGAUUGGCCUGACGUUGAGAUGCACUUUGUAACGGGUAAUGUUGUUGCCGAUGGUGGUAAAAGUUUAGUCGGAUUAACUGGCCUUAAUCCGGAAAUUUGGAACCGUGUUUUCCUACCUUAUACUCUUGUAGACACUUUUACCCUUGACCCCGUUUUAUUGAGACCCAAAAGUCGAGGUUAUGUCCGUUUAAGAUCAGCUAAUCCCUAUGAUCAUCCAAUCAUUGAUCCCAAAUACUUAUCUCAUCCGGAUGAUGUUUUGACCAUCGUCGAGGCCAUGAAAAUAGCUCUGGCCAUCGGCUUAUCGCCUCCACUGGCCUCUUUUGGGGCUAAACUGAUUGAAACCGUUUUCCCGGGCUGUGAGGUUUACAUUUACCUGUCCGAUGAGUACCUUGCCUGUGUCGCUCGUGUUUUCACCUCGACGAUUUACCACCCGGUUGGUACUUGUAAAAUGGGCUCUUCUUGGGAUCCCACGGCGGUAGUUGACCCUGAAUUAAGAGUUCUCGGCGGUGUUUCCGGUUUAAGGGUAAUUGAUGCCUCGGUUAUGCCGACAAUCAUUUCCGGUAACACUAAUGCACCAACAAUCAUGAUUGCUGAAAGAGGAGCUGAUCUAAUUAAGGGUAAAUUGUUAACACCUUUAUCAAGUCCGAUAAUUGCCCAAGCUUACCCAAUAAUUGCUGGUUAAAGACAAUUAGACAAACUCAUUUAUUUAAUUAAUUACACUAAUAUACACAUACAUAAACCACCUUCAUCACAAUUAGUUGAUUACUUUGAUUAGGAUUGAUUAACACCCAAGGCUGCCACUGAUGCUGGUGUCUAUUAUUGUGUAAUCAUCAUCCUCUUCAUCUUAAUCAUCUUGAUUGAACAUCACUAUUUGUCAUCCGUUUUUUCACAAUUAACAAGCCUCACCGUUAAUUGUUGUCAUUGUUACACUUAAUUGUCACUAUAUUUCACUCCCUAACUUUUAAUUAUUACUAAUUGUCCAUACAUGGUGCCAUUUAAAGUACAAUUGUGACCUAAUUAAGCUUUUUUUUGGUUAAUUGUUCAUUUUUUUAACGUUGUAUUUUUAUCAUUAGGAUUUUUUAGUAAUCAAAUGAGUUGACUAGUCAGUUAUUAAUUAAGGGAAACAAUAAACUAUCAAUUUGUUUAUUUUCCCCAAUUUAAAACAAUUAACAACUAAACGAUACAAUUAAAACAUUUACCUUGUUGUUGCCUUGAGGGGUGAAUACUUGGGUUUUCACAACAAUUAACACAAUCGAUGAUUAAUUAAUCAUAUUAAUCAUAUGAAAAUCAGAGUAACAAAUAUAAUAAGCUGUUAAUUGUUGUUUCUUUUACUAUUACAUUAUUUUUAUAAUUUCUAAAUUGUUAAUUGAUGGCACACAAAUGAUUAACUCUUAUUACGAGAUUGAAUUAUGAUAAAUACACAACAAUUAAAAGUUAAUAAAGUAAAAAAAAAA